GCAGUGGAGAUAAUGGAUCACUGUGCAGUGAUAAUGAAAAGCGUGUUUAUCAUCACAGUUCAUAUUCAUCAAACAUCAGCAGUCUCUCACUCUCCGCAGUACUUCUACACUGCAGUUACACCAGAAAUACAUUUCCCAGAGUUCACUGCUGUCGGUCUGGUGGAUGGAGAGCGGAUUGAUUACUAUGACAGUAACAUCAAGAAGUUGAUCCCAAAGACAGACUGGAUGCAGGAUAUCGGAAGUGAAGAUUACUGGAACACACAGACACGGGGUCUGCAGGCUAAUCAGGAGGUCUUCAAAGUCAAUAUGGCUGUUCUAAUGCAGCGCUUCAACCAGACUGAAGGAGUCAACACCUGGCAGUGGAUGUACGGCUGUGAGUUGCAUGAUGGUGGAACCAAGAGAUCAUACAUGCAGUACGGUUAUGACGGAGAAGACUACAUCAGUCUGGAUGUGAACACUCUCACCUGGACUGCAGCUAACGCUAAAGCUGUUAUUACCAAACACAAGUGGGAGAGGAGGGGUGAAGCCAAUUUCCGAAAGGCCUACCUGGAGAACACCUGUGCUGAGUGGUUACAGAGGUUUGUGGAAUAUGGCAGAUCCACUCUCGAGAGGAAAGAAUCACAGGCAGUGACCGUCUACACGGCUAUUGGUGGCUACAUCUCCGUGCCAUUCAAAGAGAAAAAAUCUUUAGAUGAAGUUCUAAAGUUCUACGGUUCUGCUAACCUGAAAAUGGAUCACUGUACGCUGGUACUGAAAUAUCUGCUUCUCCUCUCAGUAAAUAUUCAUCUGACAUCAGCAGCCUCCCACUCUCUGCAGUAUGUCUACACGGCCGCUGUCACACAAGGAACCAGAUUCCCAGAGUUCACUGUUGUUGGUCUGCUGGAUGGAGAGCAGAUUGUCUACUAUGACAGUGACACCAGGAAGAUGAUCCCCAGGACAGAGUGGAUGAGGAUGACUGACACUGAUGAUUCAGUGGCCAUGUUAAAAAUCAGUGUGGAUACUCUAAUACAGCGCUUCAAUAAGACUAAAGGUGUUCAGACUCUGCAGAGGAUGUUCGGCUGUGAGCUGCAUGAUGAUGGAACCAAGAGACUAUAUGAUCAGCUUGGUUGUGACGGAGAAGACGUCAUCAUUCUGGAUCUGAACACUAUCAGCUGGACUGCGGCUAACCAGAAAGCUGUUAGUGCCAAACAGAAUUGGGAGAGGACAUGUGAUGCCAGCUACCGAAAGGCCCACCUGGAGAAUGAAUGUAUCUACUGGUUACAGAAGUUUGUGGAAUAUGGAAGAUCCACUCUGGAGAGGAAAGUCUCUCCUGAGGUGUCUCUGUUCCAGAAGGACUCUUCUUCUCCAGUGGUGUGUCACGCUACAGGCUUCUUUCCCAAAGCAGUGAACAUCUCCUGGCAGAAGAAUGGAGAGGAUCUGCUUGAGGACGUGGAGCUCAGAGAGACGCUACCCAACCAGGAUGGAACCUUCCAGAAGAGGAGCGUUCUGACUGUCUCACCUGAGGAGCUGAACAAACACCACUACACCUGCAUCAUUCGGCACAGCAGUCUGGAAAAAGAGUUAGAGCUACAGGUGUCUGAAUGCAGGGUCCUGUCAGGUAGGAGAAAUCUGAUUCUACAAGGAAUAAAAGCUACUAUUAUGUUAAAAUUCACUAUGUACCUCUCAGGUGUUUCAGGUGGAGGGUCAGUUGGUGUCAUUGUUGCUGGAGUCGUGGCUGUUCUCCUCCUUGUCCUUAUCGGCUGUAUGGUAGUCUUUAUCAGGAAGAGGAAACAGUCUGGAUUCAAACGUGUUUCAGGAAACUCAAGAGCAUCUUCUGAGGGAGACUCUUCAUCCAGCACCUCAUAAUCUUCCACCGUCUUCAUUCUGAUUUGACUGAGACAGAGGCAGAGAGAGAUUACUGAAAGAAUUCAGAAGAUGAGACACAUGAAGAGAUCAGUAAAAGUG